AUGUUGAUCUUGAACCAACAAGUGAGAGAAUACGAUACCAGAUUAGAAUCCUUACCACGCAUGUCAGCUUCUAGCGGGCCUGUGAAUAGGGUUCGCCCUCCCAUCCUAGAUGCCGCAAAGAAGCGUAUCUUUAUCGCCAGUGAGGGUGCUCAUCCUCUCGACAUCUUUACACCCGCAGUCAGUCUGAAUUCGGUUCCUAAUGCACGUUGGGUCUAUAUCGAUAAUGAAGGAACACCGUCUGUGUUCGUAUUCACGGACGGCGCUGCCCCUGGGAAUGGACAACCAGGGUCUCGCGGGGGGUGUGGUGUCGUUUAUAGCCCUCUUCAACCUGGCAUUAGCUUUCCUCUUGAACAUGCUCCUGAUGGCGGUGAGCCGACUUCGAAUCGUGCAGAGUUGCGCGCGGUGCUGGGAGCAGUGGAGAUGCGCCACUGGUCCGGUGAGGGAUUCGGCAGAUUGGUGAUCGGGACAGAUUCGGAGUAUGUGGUCAAGGGUAUCAGCAAGUGGUGUCAGAAAUGGAGAAAGAAUGGGUGGAAGACGGCGUCUGGAACGCACGUUAAGAAUCAGGACCUCUGGACGCUUUUGCUGGAGAAAGUUGAAAGACUCGAGUCCCAAGGGUUCAGUGUUCAGUUCUUUCAGUUGAAGAGGGAAUGGAACGAGCAAGCAGAUGCUUGUGCUAAGAAAGCUGCAUGCUCCUUGCCAAACCAGGGCCACCUUAUACUUGAUAGUGCCGUGUUGGAUAUUCGCGAUAUUCAAAUGUACACCAAAUUGCUUUCCAAUGGUUAUGUUGUCACAUUUGUUGUAACAGGCGUCGCUGCUACUAUUGUGAUUGGCACUGUCCCUGUUGUGGCUGGUGUUGCCGCUACUGUUGUGACUGGCGCCAUUGCUGGAGAUG